UUUUUUUUUUAAAUCAUCGUUGUUGAGCCCAGCAAAUAUCAAAGGACCUCAAGUACAAUUCUCUGUUUUUCAGAUUUUCCCCCUCUUUUUACCAUCAUCCACUUUCUCAUACAGAUACUACUAUACAACCCAAUUCCUCAUUUUGGCUAGGAUGUAUCUCUCUGUUUUCUUUUUAAAAAUUAAAUUUAAUUAGUAUGAAAUUAUGAACAGAUUGAAACCCCAAUUUGUCACCUUUUUUUCUUUUUCUUCUACAGGACAAUGUAAGGAUACUGAUCAGAAAAACAAGCAUGGAAAUGACAGGUGGAAUGAGGAUAAAUCUGAACCGUUGAUCAACCUUGGUCUUGGAAUAGGUGGGUCCAGUUUCUGCGAUAUAGGAAGUUCUGAACACAGAAGAAAAGACAACAGCUUUAACAGAACUUUGAUGGUAGAUAACAAGGAAGAGGAAGAUGAUCAUCAUGAUCUUUAUGAUGAUUAUGAUCAAUUGGUGGAGAAAAAGGAGUGCAGGAAAUGUUCAGUGGUCAGGUUUACAGAGGAACAACUGGAAGAACUAAAUAGACAAUUGUUAAUAUUUAAGUACUUUGUUUGGGGUAUACCUGUUCCUUUUCAACUUCUUAUAUCUCUUUGGAGAAAGUUUUCUUGCUCCUCUCUUCCUCAAGACUCACAAUCUUUUCCUAUUUUACAAGCAUUAAACGGAAGAAGAUUCCAUUACCAGCAAGCUAUGGAGACUAAUCUGCAGCCCGGGAGGUGCAGGAGGACUGAUGGCAAGAAAUGGAGGUGCCAGCAAGUCGUAAUUCCAAAUGAGAAAUAUUGCGAGAAGCACAUGCAUCGAGGUAGUAAGCGUUCAAGAAAGCUUGUGGAAGCCUCUCCUAAUGCUGGAACCCCCAAAGGAAUCAGCUUAAACCCAAAUACAAAUAUUAACAGUGGUAGUAGCAAGGCUCAAUUCCUGGUCAACGUUGAUCAGAACGGCUCAAGUAUGGUUAUGAUGAGAACUCCGAGCUUGAACAAUACUACUGCCAAGAGUGAUCGGAACAAGAACCAACAUAACGAGACAAAGUCUAGUAUUGUCACGAGUCCAAGAAGUUCCGUCACCAACCCAGCUUCAGGAUUCGAUUUUUCUCCCAAAAGUGUUCUUCCAAAUGGUACGAUAUGCGCUAGGAUUGAAACCUGUAAGAAGAACACAGAAUCCGAACCAAGGUGCAAAAGAACCGAUGGAAAGAAGUGGCGGUGCAAGAAGGGUGUUGUUCCGUAUCAAAAGUACUGUGAACAGCAUAUCAAUAGAGGCAAAGCCCGCUCAGGAAAGCCGCCUUAUCUGGGUUCAUCAGCAUCCAGAGAAUCUCGAUGUGCUGCUCAUGGUUCAACUUCCACUGCCAAAUCCUUUGAGACAGAAGUGAAAGAACAGAUCAAAGUGGGGUUGGAUACGAGCCUGAAGAUUUCGCUUCCCACAACUCCAGCUGAAGAUAAUGGGAGCAGCUCCAGCAGUGAGGCUACUGAAAGUGAUGAUGAGAACACUGGUGUUUGGGACAUAAUUGCUCUUUCUCCUUGACAAUUUGAAGGGGUUAUCAGAACAAUGAUGGUUUUUGGAUCUUAAAUAUAAUGUUAAUGUAAAUAGAUUAUUAUUAAAUAUGGUAGAUUACCAUAGUUGGGUUUAUCUUCAUACAUUAUUAUGUAGAGGAAACUUUAACCUCA